GGGGAAGGUGUCAUGAGUUGCUAAAAGACUGUAGGCAGCUGUCGGACUACCUCGAUGCUAAUCUUCUAACUUUCACUCCAAACUCAUAGUUUUCUCUACAUUGAUCAAACUGCUCUCCUUUCUCAUCACAACAAAAAUAACAUCCAGCCAAGAUGUCGUACGUCAGAAGCAACCCACGCCUCGAAACCACGAUAAACAUCAACACAACCAAAAGAUAUACUCACUAGUUAUUACGACACCAACGCAAAUGAACCGGACUGGAAGCUCGCAACUCGUCGAGGAAAUUCAUGCCAUCAUCGAGGCCUCCGGAGUUGAAGUAACAGAUCACAACGGAGCAGGAUACAAACAACGACACGGCGAGAUUUACUACUGCGACUUUGACGAGGACCAGAGAGAAGAAGUAUACAGAAUCAUACCCUUUCCCAUCGUCGACAUCGAGAGGGAGAUUUGGAUCAAUGGGAUUGGGUACGAUGCGCACUUCCCGUUUAUUAUGGAGGACGGAGGUUGGGCGUCCAUGACAUCUGUGGAGACUGCACACAAACCGUAUGAUGAUGUGGUGACUUGUAUCUUGCUGAGAGCAUAUAUGCUUGCGCCAAAUGCUUGUCAGAUUUCGUGAGUUUAGGUCCCCUUUUUACCCUUCUUGGGAGUUGUGCUGAUUCGUUUUCUUUGUAUGGAUCGGAUGCGCUUUGAGAUGAGUGGGAACCGGCACGGUCGAUGUAUAGACAUUUUUUUUUGACGAGGAAUCUGAGUGUCCUUGGGGAAAGGAUAAACCGACCUUCUGAGUUUGUAUUGGGUAUUUUGAACGGCUCUGGUUGUUGCUAGAUUUGCUCGGUAUCAGGGCUAUGGGAGAGGUGGUUGAUGUUUGAGAUUCCUGGUAUUAUGCUGGGCUGAAUACAAUAGUAAUCACUUUUUCUUUUCACUCGAGCUGUA